GCAGGUUGUGCUAUACACUGCUGAGAGGUCCCGAGAACAAGCGACGAAAAAACAUCUCAAAUCGCUAGAAUUUCAGCGCCCCAGAGCGCGCGCCAAGCACCCAACACCGGUGCAAGAAGCUGGUCUGGAAAGAACCGCUAACACGAAAUGCGCUGCUGCAAGAAGAGUUUGGACGAAAAGCCGGAGCCUCUGGUGGAUUACCCUGACGGCGGAUGGGGAUGGCUCGUUUGCCUCGCCGCGUUUAUCACACAAUUUAUUGUGCUAGGAACUAUGAACAAUUUCGGAGUAAUUUAUGUGGAACUCUUGCAAGAAUUCAAGGUCGGGAAAGCUGAAGCAGCAUGGGUAGGUUCUAUCACCUACGGCAUGAUGUUCCUCCUUGGGCCUCUUGGUACCACCCUGUGCAAAAAGAUCGGCUGCCGCCUGACAACUGUCGUAGGAUGCAUUAUCGCGGCAGGAGGGUGUCUGCUAGGUUCAGUUUCACCCAACAUCUAUAUCAUGGACUUGACCUAUGGACUCAUGUUUGGAGUAGGAGCUAGCAUGUGUUACUUCCCAUCCGUCAUCAUCCUGGGCACCUACUUCAACAAGCGCCUCUCCCUGGCAAAUGGCCUGACAUCAGCUGGUAGUGGUGUAGGGUCCCUGGCCAUGGGACCUAUUCUACAGAAAAUCAUAGAAGCUGUUGGGAUGCGAAACACGAUGAGGAUCUCAGCCGCUAUGAUUUCUAGUAUUGUCCUUGUCUCUGCCAUCUACAGACCAAUAAACACGCCAUUCCUGAAUGCAGCCAAGUAUGAGACGAAGCACCAAGAAGCUAACAAGAAGAAGGGCUGCUUGAAAUUCUUAGACUUCAGUCUGUUCAAAAACAAGGCUUACCUUUUGUGGGCUGCUUCUCUGUCAUUGUGGAUGUUGGGCUACUUUGUCCCAUUUGUCCAUCUGAUAAGUCUGGCCACAAUCCAAGGCAUUGACAUUUACAUGGCAACCCUACUGAUCGGCAUAAUGUCAGUGGGAUCAACAAUUGGACGUCUAAUAUUUGGCAAGAUUGCUGACCACCCCAAAGUCAACCGCCUAUACCUCUACCAGUUUUCAUUCCUCAUGAUUGGCAUCAGCAACACCAUCUGCCCUGCCUUCUCAACAUAUGCUGGCCUGGCGUUCUAUGCCGCUUUCUUUGGAUUCUUUGAAGGCUGUUAUGUGCUUCUGGCUCCUGUACUAACUGGAGAUAUUGUGGGUCGAAAUAACAUGGCAACUGGUGUUGGAGUUCUGUUUGCAAUUAAGUCUGUGCCACUUACUCUUGGGCCUCCCAUUGCAGGUUUUAUCUAUGACAUGUCCAAGUCUUAUGAGCUGGCCUUUUAUGUAGCUGGAGCAGUGCCUGUGAUUGCAGCAUGCAUGAUGUUCGGCAUCCCAUUCCUGAUGCCUCCCCAAGAAGAUGAUGAGAUGCACAAGCACUGUGGCAAGUUUGAGGUGAUUCUAGAUGAAGAACAUGACUUUGAAAAACCACUGAAAGAAGACAACAGCUCUGGGUACCAAUCAGAAAACCAGAUUCCUCAGUUAUUCAUUGAGCCACCGACACCCACACUUCCUUUGGAGUCAUCUUGUCCCCCAACACCUCUUCUUCCGCCUCAAGUUCAUCGCAGUUCGCAGAGCGUGGUCAUGCAGUCACCAUUACUGAAACGUGUUCUUACUCAGGAUCUGCCACCCAGGCCAAAUUCUGAGCACUUCCAUGACAUAAAUCUACUUGAAAAUAGACUCAGCUUCAAUGCCUCACAACAAAGCAUCAACAGUGUUUUGAGCAGAAAUGCAUUCCUGAGUACAACAAGUCUUAGUAAUCCAUUACCGCCCAUACGUGAGACUUGCUUGCUUGAUGAUAACAUUGAUGAUCAUGUAACUGUAAGGAGAAGCAGAGUGUUGGAACUCAAAAGAGAGCUUAGUCCCUCUGUUUUCUCCCUUGUCCGUCGUCAUCUUGACUUGGGGGUACCCAAGCAGAUCUCUGCAUCCAAAUAUGGUGGUAGCAUUGGGUGUAUUUCUGUUUCAAGUGGUGCUAUGCCUGCAUCAUAUGCCAAUGACCAAGAUGAUAAUUCAUCAUCUGGUGCAGUUGGGAAGAUGACGACAGUUUGAGUUAAGCGAAGACCCCUGUGGGAAGCAUAAAGUUCUGGCCACAGCAAGUGCUAUUGUCCUUGUUGAACAUGUUUGCAUCAAGAUUCAUUAGGUCUUUUUGCAAAUACAUUGUAGUAACACCUCUCACUGCAAGAUAUUGCUAGAUGAGAAGGCAACACUAAUGAACAAGUUCUGUUAAGAAACCUAAAUAAGUGUGAUAGAAAACACACUUGAAUACUUUUGUAGUUAUGCAGUGUUAUAUGUGUUAGUGUUUUAAGUUACUACUGUAGUUGGAGAAAAGUCUUACAUAGGAAUCAAUGUUCUAUUUCAUGAGCACAAUUUAAAUCUGCAGCAUUACUAAUCUUCGUACAAUUUUCUUACAGAAAUAGAGGCCUAUAUUUUUACUCUUGAAAGAAUAUUUUCUAUAACAGCAUGUGCAGUAUGAGCUUAAACUUAUCACUGGUAUUUUUAAACAGGAUUUUUACUCUUCAGAGGCUCUCCUUUUGAUUCCAUAUAAAAGAGAUAUAUUUGUAUAACGACAUUUGUGUGCCUUGGUAUUGUGUUUUGUUUAAAUUUGUAAUUCCAGGUUUUGCUGUUAAUGUUAAUGUUUUCAGUGUUUAGGUUUAAUAAUUUCUUAACAUCAUGCAAAGGAGUAAACAAAAACUUAUAAAAAGGAUAUAAGUUACAAAAGCAAACAUACAAAAACACAUUGUAUGCACCAAAGCCAUGUAUGGCUGUUUACUUUAUUUUCAUUUUUAAAAAAAUAAGUAACAUCAGUUUGGAUGCUAAGACUUGCAAAACAUGCUUCUCUUUUUAUUAUUGUAUACGUCAUAUUUUUUUAAAGUCUUUGCAAACUGAUGUUAUUUAUUACAGGUUUUCACCUGCAUUCAUUCAAAUUCAUUUUCGAAUUCAUUAACCUUGUAGAAUUCUAGCUUGUUCUAGAGCUAGCAUACAAAUACUGGGACAAAUAAUUUGAGGGUUUAACGCAAUAAAUUAAAAUCUUCUGAAA